AUGUGCCUGGACAGUCUACGGCCUGGGCGGUCUACGGCCUGGGCGGUCUACGGCCUGGGCGGUCUACGGCCUGGGCGGUCUACGGCCUGGACGGUCUACGGCCUGGGCGGUCUACGGCCUGGGCGGUCUACGGCCUGGGCGGUCUACGGCCUGGGCGGUCUACGGCCUGGACGGUCUACGGCCUGGGCGGUCUACGGCGGUCUACGGCCUGGGCGGUCUACGGCCUGGGCGGUCUACGGCCUGGGCGGUCUACGGCCUGGACGGUCUACGGCCUGGGCGGUCUACGGCGGUCUACGGCCUGGGCGGUCUACGGCGGUCUACGGCCUGGGCGGUCUACGGCCUGGACGGUCUACGGCCUGGGCGGUCUACGGCCUGGGCGGUCUACGGCCUGGGCGGUCUACGGCCUGGACGGUCUACGGCCUGGACGGUCUACGGCCUGGGCGGUCUACGGCGGUCUACAGCCUGGGCGGUCUACGGCCUGGGCGGUCUACGGCCUGGGCUGUCUACGGCCUGGGCUGUCUACGGCCUGGGCGGUCUACGGCCUGGGCGGUCUACGGCCUGGACGGUCUACAGCCUGGGCGGUCUACGGCCUGGGCAGUCUACGGCCUGGGCUGUCUACGGCCUGGGCGGUCUACGGCCUGGACGGUCUACGGCCUGGGCGGUCUACGGCGGUCUACGGCCUGGGCGGUCUACGGCCUGGGCAGUCUACGGCCUGGGCAGUCUACGGCGGUCUACGGCGGUCUACGGCCUGGACGGUCUACGGCCUGGGCAGUCUACGGCCUGGGCGGUCUACGGCCUGGGCAGUCUAGCGCGGUCUACGGCGGUCUACGGCCUGGGCGGUCUACGGCCUGGGCGGUCUACGGCGGUCUACGGCCUGGGCAGUCUACGGCCUGGGCGGUCUACGGCCUGGGCAGUCUACGGCCUGGGCAGUCUACGGCCUGGGCGGUCUACGGCCUGGGCGGUCUACGGCCUGGGCAGUCUACGGCGGUCUACGGCCUGGGCGGUCUACGGCCUGGGCGGUCUACGGCCUGGACGGUCUACGGCCUGGGCGGUCUACGGCGGUCUACGGCCUGGAUGGUCUACGGCCUGGGCAGUCUACGGCCUGGGCGGUCUACGGCCUGGGCGGUCUACGGCCUGGGCAGUCUACGGCCUGGACGGUCUACGGCCUGGGCGGUCUACGGCCUGGACGGUCUACGGCCUGGGCGGUCUACGGCGGUCUACGGCCUGGAUGGUCUACGGCCUGGACGGUCUACGGCCUGGGCGGUCUACGGCCUGGGCGGUCUACGGCGGUCUACGGCCUGGGCAGUCUACGGCCUGGACGGUCUACGGCCUGGGCGGUCUACGGCCUGGACGGUCUACGGCCUGGGCGGUCUACGGCGGUCUACGGCCUGGAUGGUCUACGGCCUGGGCGGUCUACGGCCUGGGCGGUCUACGGCCUGGGCGGUCUACGGCCUGGACGGUCUACGGCGGUCUACGGCCUGGGCGGUCUACGGCCUGGACGGUCUACGGCCUGGACGGUCUACGGCCUGGACGGUCUACGGCCUGGGCAAGGCCCGCUGUGCAGAUCCAUUUGGGCUGAGUAUACCUUUACUUUGA